AGUUACGUUCCGAUCCGGAAACGAAUAACACAGAUCGGACAGAUCAAGAUGCCGUCUAUUGUUGGCGUUUCAUGGCGAGACUUUUCUUCAUUUUGGUUGGAGGUGUUGAAAUGUCUCUCGGAUCGUUGGUGACCCUCUACAUUCUUGGAAUAUUCCCCAAACAACCAUCACAGUUGAACGGUGCAUUAGUAACAUCAACGUUUUGGGCUGGUGUUCUCAUUACACGUCUGGUGUGCACGUUCAGUAUCCGAAUGGCCACCUCACCACGAGUGAUGCAAAUGCUUUUGCUGGCUGCAUCGGCACUUUGUGGCUAUGCUGCGCUAUUCCCAUCGACUACUCUCCAUGCAAUCUGUUUGCAGCUGUUCCUUAUCGGUAAAUUC